AUGUCCACCGUCCAGAACAUCCUCGACUCGCACUCGGACUUCGUGUCUCGCGUUUGCGACGCGCUCACUGCCGCCCACACCGACUUUGACGCCAUCCUCCCCACCCGCACCAAGGGCCCCGCCGACUUCGCUCGCAUGCGCGAGACCGCGUCGCUCCUCAUCGACUUCAUCUCGAUCACCUCGCGCCGCUACAACACCCUCGAGCAGUACAGCAAGGCUCUGGCUCCGACCUCGGUCAAGCUUGCCAAGCCCACUGUUCGCUUCGAGGAGUCGACCGAGACCCGCUUCGACAGCAACCGCCUCGCCGGCUUCGUCCAGUGGGUCUACGACACCAAGCGCCGCGCCGAGAUCAUCGACCGCGAGCUCGGCUUCCAGACCUCGCCCGCGUACGCCGCCAAGCAGGCCGACCUCGACAUCGAGCGCUACAUCGUUGUCCUCCCCGUCCUCCUCAACCAGCUCUGCGACCUCGUCCAGGAGAUCCAGUCUGGUCGUAAGUCGACGGUGGUGCCCACCAACACCUUCUCGAGCGAGUACACCCGCCGCGGCCCCCGCCCCUUCUCGCAGUCGACCCCCGACGCGACCCCCGAGGCCUCGCCUGUUGUUUCGCCCGUCGGUUCCCCCGUUGCCGAGCUCGAGAUCGACCUCAACGACGCGAUCCUCGCUCCCGUUGCCGCUCGUGGUCUCCGCCGCACCCGUGGACACAACAACCUCCGCACCGCGUACUCGGCCCAGUGA